AUGUCAAGAUGCUCAACUUCAGGUUGCAAAAAUCUGAUUACGGAAUGUCUGAAAUAUAAUUCAAACGAACGUUGUGAUUUGGAAUAUAUAUGGCAUCAUCCGUGGUUAUCUGAAGGCGAUACGUCUCUUCCAUUGCCAAUAUCGGGUUUGAAUUCAAGUCGCUAUAAGUUAGGCAGCGUACCAGCAAAAUUGGUAACACACGCGGAACAACACCCAGCUUUGCGUUACGCCAUAGCAAAUGCUGGUGGAAGUGACUCGCAUUUGAGCGCUUUUAUGUAUAUGUCGUCGCAGAAUGGUUCAGCAAUUAUUGGUGCCAAAAUGUCGUCCAUAUCUAAUCGGCAGCAUUCUCCUGCAUAUCGGUCCCUUGUUAAUAGUUAUCACGGAAAUCUAUCAAUAUCAUCAAGCUGUUCAAGUGGAUGUCCUCAUCAUGUGCCAAGUAAUGCUUUGCGUCCGGGUUUUAUAUUGGUGCCAUAUGAGGGAUGCGGUAGCAUCAGUGGAGCUGGACGAUAUGUUGAAAAAUUGUGGGUUUACUGCGGAAGUCCACGGAGAUGCUUGGCUGAGGUACAACGAAAGGGUGCACAUCUCACUGCAAAUAAUUCUGGCGACAAGAUAAUACUAAUACUCCAUUACUAA